GGGUAUUGGUUAGUAGAGAGCCUUUAUGAAUACUGUGUGAGAUUCUAAAUUCUGAAUUUGGGUGGAAAAUCGUAUUUUGUUCUUUAACGAUUUUUCGUGGAAGUCUCUUCGUUUUUAACGGUCUUUCUUUUGCUGAAUACCUUAUUUGUUUUUUGUUUUUCCAUUUUAUGGAUUUUGAUCCUCGUGAGGGGCACGCUUGGGUUCACGGUGUGUAUAUAUAUAGAAGAUAUGUUUGUGUAAGACAGAUAUAUUGAAUAUAUAGGAGGCAAAGCGAAAUAGUUUUGGGAAGAAGAAGAACCAGAAGCAGCAGGAAGAAAAGCCCUAAGGAAUUUGGAGCAGCAAUGGAGGCCAAACAGAACGGGCCUAAUGGAGAGCUUUCCUCUUCGGUAGUUCCAGGACCCACCAAUCCAAUGGUUACGCCUCUGCUUACGGAUCUCUACCAGUUCACCAUGGCUUACGCCUACUGGAAAGCCGGCAAGCAUAACGAACGAGCCGUGUUUGAUCUGUAUUUUCGAAAGAAUCCAUUUGGUGGUGAAUAUACAGUCUUUGCUGGUUUAGAAGAAUGCAUAAGAUUCAUUGCUAAUUUCAAAUUAACUGAAGAGGAGAUCUCUUUCGUCCGUGAAGCCUUACCUUCGUCAUGUGAGGAUGGCUUUUAUGAUUAUCUUAGAGGAAUUGACUGUUCUGAUGUUGAAGUGUAUGCUGUUCCAGAGGGAUCAGUUGUUUUCCCGAAGGUACCUAUGCUAAGAGUUGAGGGGCCAAUUGCUGUGGUUCAAUUACUGGAAACUCCAUUUGUGAAUCUAAUUAAUUAUGCAUCAUUAGUUACCACUAAUGCUGCUAGGCAUCGGUUUGUUGCUGGAAAGUCGAAAAUGCUACUUGAGUUUGGGCUUCGACGAGCUCAGGGGCCUGAUGGUGGAAUAGGGGCGUCAAAGUACUGCUAUUUGGGAGGAUUUGAUGCGACAAGCAAUGUUGCAGCUGGGAAGUUAUUCGGGAUACCACUUCGUGGAACACAUUCUCAUGCUUUUGUUAGCUCAUUUAUGAGUCCAGAUGAGAUAGUUGAUAGAUUGCUUACCAGCCGUGAUGGUUCGACUAUUUGUGAGGAUUUUGUUAGUCUAGUUCAAACGUGGUUAAGCAAAGUUCAGUGGUCAAAUUCAUUACACGGCAGUUUUGGUGAGACCAAUCAAAGUGAGCUAGCUGCUUUCACGUCAUAUGCCUUGGCAUUCCCUACUAACUUUCUAGCUCUUGUAGACACAUAUGAUGUUGUGAGAAGUGGAGUUCCUAACUUCUGUGCAGUUGCUUUAGCACUCAAUGAUCUGGGGUAUAAAGCAGCAGGCAUUAGGUUGGACUCUGGCGAUCUAGCAUAUCUUUCUUGUGAGGCUAGGAAGAUCUUUUGCACUAUUGAGGAAGAAUUUGGAGUGAUUGGUUUUGGAAAGAUGGUUAUCACUGCCAGUAAUGACCUGAAUGAGGAAACCUUAGAUGCGUUAAACAAACAGGGUCAUGAGGUUGAUGCUUUUGGAAUUGGAACAAAUCUAGUUACCUGUUAUGCCCAAGCUGCUUUAGGUUGUGUGUUCAAGCUUGUUGAAAUAAAUAAUCAGCCUCGCAUCAAGCUUUCUGAAGAUGUUUCAAAGGUCUCCAUUCCUUGCAAAAAACGAUCUUACAGAUUGUACGGCAAAGAAGGUUAUCCCUUGGUAGAUAUAAUGACAGGAGAAAAUGAACCCCCUCCAAAGGUGGGAGAACGAAUCUUGUGUCGCCAUCCAUUCAAUGAAUCCAAGAGAGCAUAUGUGGUGCCACAGCGUGUUGAGGAGCUUCUGAAAUGUUAUUGGCCUGGGAUUUCAGGUAAUAAGAGAGAAGAUCUGCUGCCCCUGAAGGACAUAAGGGAGCGCUGCAUCAAACAACUUGAACAAAUGCGUCCUGACCACAUGAGGAGACUGAACCCAACGCCCUAUAAGGUUAGUGUAAGUGCUAAAUUGUACGACUUCAUUCAUUUCCUAUGGCUCAAUGAGGCACCUGUUGGGGAGCUGCAGUGAGAGCGAUCUUUUAUAAUGGGUGUCAGUGUGGCGGGGUGUAUAUUUGCUAGCGCAAAAGCAAUAAUACGAGCUGGGAGGGUUAGGAGGAGCAUCUUUGAAACAUGAACGCGUACAAUGUGUUCAACAUCACAUCAGUACAUCAUACAUCAUACGUAUAGCUAAUUGUUUCCUGAUCGUUUUAGCCAAAAAAAUAAUUGUUUCCUGAUCAAUAAAAUAAUUGUUGCUUUCUCUACCCAAUUCCUAUAUCUUAUUAUCGUUGUUAUGACACUGAAGUUUCAGUAAUUAAAGUAAAUUUAUGAGGGAAAAAAGAAAUAAAAAACUUGUAUUUCUUAUUAUU